AUGAGGCACGCAAACGAGUGUGGGAUAGCCAGGUAUGUGAAUGAGCAGGGGCUGAGAACCCAAUUAAUGAUACCACAGAGCCUCCGGAAGCCACACAUGGGCUUUGGUUCUGUCAUUACUUCACCGCUGUCAGGCAGUGACCGGAAGUUUCUUCGGAGCUCUCCAAAACCUCACCGCCUCACCUUUGGUCAGCAAAGGGACUUUGUGUCAGAAAACUGUUUUUGGAUUAGAAAGCGAGGAGACCUCGAGCGAUUGAGACAGCCGCACAGCAGUCAGGAGGUGGGAUCAAGUCUUGACUUUAUUGGUGUUAUCUACAAAGUCUAG